UCGCCGUGGAGCUGUAUUGACGGUGGUCUGACACUCGGUUUUCCAGAGGAUGUACGCAGCACCUCUGUUAAUGGUAGAAUAUUUUUAGGCGCCGGGAGGAAAUUUGGCGCUGGAUGAAACUGUUUUUAAACUCACUGUUCGUCUCUGCUCCGCUGUCAUAAUGUCAGUGCACUGUGUUUCUUUUGCCGGCCUCAAAUAGAAGGCUGUAACAGUGUUUUAUAAGGGAGAGCUUCAGCCUGCUGCUCAGACUGGAGUUAUGAUGCUGAAGGAGUUUUUAUCAUCCACUGACUGUUUGUGUGCAAGCUUCUAGCUGUUUUGUGUAUUAUUGUGAUGCUUUUGUGGUGACCGUCCACUCUGGUUGGAGGUACUUUUCGGCAGUCGGUAAUUCAAUCCUCAUACUGCAGACCUUUAAAUAUCUCCCCUGAAAACCUGCCAGCAGCCACGUGGUGUAAGGUGAGACAUUCCCAACCCGGUACACCGACCAGUCUUACAUGAACAGUGGACUGAGAGCAUGACCAGUCUGUACUGCAUCUGGCCACUUCAGACCUCUGAUUUUGCUCUUCCUUUAGCUUAUAGUGAACUUUAAAGGACUGUUUACAAGUGACCACGGGGGAUUUCUGUGGUGAGUCCCCAAGCCUCUUGUUUUCUUUUCUCCUCUGUUUUGAACCAGUAUGCUUUCUUCUUUUUUUUGCCGGCCUACCCUGAGCACCUUGCAGUGAAUGGAGAACAUACUGGUUCUGCUCCCGAAGCACCGACAGGAACACGGGCUCUGCAGACGCACGGCUGCAUGUGCCUUGCAACAGUUUUUUUCUUACAGAGCAGUUUUCUCGUGGUCUUUAAUACCGACCCCCACUCCCUGUAAGCCUCUUUAAUGGGAUAAAUCAAUUGGACUGAUCAGGUUCAAAACCAGAUCAGGUGGCCAAUUCCAUUCUGACUUCCCCAAAACUGUUAGGCCAAGGCAACCUGACCUUUUCCUGUCAAGCCCACUGUCUUCCAAAGGCUUCCGCAUGGUACUUUGGUCGAAAGAACAAGACAAACUCCCCGACAUCGACAUGUCCUCCGGGGCCAUUGAGAUGAAGAAGGAGGGAGGCCCCCUGACGCCGGCCUUCCUCAACUCCAACUGCACCGUUCACCCGGUGAUCCUCACCCAGGGCCCUGAUGAGGUGAACCCCGGGACCGGGGGGACUGAGUUAGAGCUCACAGAGGUCACAACAUUCACAGAGAGGGCCAAUGAGACCGGGGAGGAUGAGGAGAGAUCGGAGAUUGUGGUGGCGAUGGACUGCCGGGCUAAUGCCAAAGGUCAGCGGGAGGAGGACGCUCUCCUGGAGAACGCAAGCCAGAGCAACGAGAGCGACGACACCAGCACCGACCAGAGCCCAGAACCACCGGUGCCUCUCAAGGAGACCUCUUUCUCCAUUGGCCUGCAGGUGGUCUUCCCCUUCCUGCUGGCCGGGUUCGGGACAGUGGCAGCGGGAAUGGUGCUAGACAUUGUCCAGCACUGGACGGUUUUUACGGAGGUGUCGGAGGUGUUCAUCCUGGUUCCAGCACUGCUUGGGCUCAAAGGCAACCUGGAGAUGACACUGGCCUCUAGACUUUCCACAGCGGCUAAUAUUGGUCAGAUGGACACAGCCAAGGACAUGUGGAAGAUGAUCAUGGGGAACUUGGCCCUCAUCCAGGUCCAGGCCACGGUGGUAGGGUUCCUGGCCUCCAUAGCUGCUGUGAUCUUCGGCUGGAUCCCAGAGGGACACUUCAGGCUGGGCCACGCAGUGUUGCUGUGUGCCUCUAGUGUGGCUACUGCCUUCAUCGCCUCUCUGCUGCUAGGGCUCAUCAUGAUCGGCGUGAUCAUCGCGUCCCGGAAAGUCGGCAUCAACCCUGACAAUGUGGCCACGCCCAUCGCUGCUAGCCUGGGAGACCUGAUCACCCUGUCCCUGCUGGCAGGCGUCUCAACAGGACUGUACAAGGAACUAGAGUACAACGACUAUGCCAACCCUCUGGUGUGUGCCGUGUUUGUGGCAUUGUGCCCCCUAUGGGUGCUGAUAGCCAGAAGGAUCCCCUCCACCAGAGAACUCCUCUACUCCGGCUGGGAGCCAGUCAUCAUCGCCAUGGCCAUCAGCAGUGUUGGUGGUUUGAUCCUCGACAAGACUGUCACCAACCCAAACUUUGCUGGCAUGGCUGUCUUCACCCCGGUCAUCAACGGUGUGGGAGGUAACCUGGUAGCGGUUCAGGCCAGUCGGAUCUCCACCUAUCUGCACAUGAACGGUCUACCCAUGGGGGAUCCCAACCCCACCCCCAGGAAGUGCCCCACACCCUGCACCUCCUUCUUCGGCUCCUCUGUGAACUCUCGUUCUGCUCGGGUGCUCUUCCUCCUGGUUGCCCCGGGUCACCUCGUCUUCCUCUACACCAUCAACUCCCUGAGGGGUGGGCACACCACCCUGACACCCAUCUUCAUCACCUUCUACCUAGCUGCUGCACUACUGCAGGUGAUAAUUCUCCUCUACCUGGCAGACUGGAUGGUCCACUGGAUGUGGGGCCGAGGCAUGGACCCCGACAACUUCUCCAUCCCUUACCUGACGGCUCUGGGUGACUUGCUGGGGACCGGCUUCCUUGCCCUCUGCUUCCACAUGCGCUGGUUCAUCGGAGACAGAGACGCUAAUGCGGGCAACUGAAUGCAUGCAGACACACACACACAGACAAACACACCACAAAAGGACAAAAAAUGAAUCACAUACUGUACGCUUGCACGCACGGACAGUGACGAAUAUCACCCGUAUGCCUAAACAUUAUCUGGAAGUGGACGUGGUCUACAAUAAAAGGGCUAAUCUCCUGUAGGGCUCUGGUUUAUGGUAUAAUGGACUUGUAGGGCAAUAGUGUUUCAUCAUCAGGAUUUCACAGCAGCAGCAGCAGCAGCAGCCCAGAAUCCAGACAGCAACUCACACAUAUCUCCACCUCAGUCACUGAACAAAACUCCACCUGAUGGAUCCAGCCCCACAGACUACACCACUGCUUUAUCUUACUUAAUAACUGAGUCCUACUACUUUUGCUAUUAUUAUACACUUGACAAUGAUUAUUGUUGUUGGUAAAUGAUGAAUUUGAUAUGAGUCGAUAUCUCUUCUACGUACAGGGCCAGUUCUCAUUAUUUUCAAUGGGGACGUUAGCCUUCCCGUCUUUAAAGAUCAAGUUUGAACACUUGAAAAGAAAAAGUCCAAACAAGUCUAGAAUACUUAAUCACCAAGUGCUAUACCAUACAUACAGAAUGAAUAUCAUAUGAAAUGCAAAUUUAAUGUGUCUCUUUUCUGAUUGAGUAGAGUUCAUAGGGCUAGCUUUGCUCUGUUUUACAUUGGCCUGGUGACAGUAGGGGACAGGGUUGGGAAGUUUUACCACAAGGGGACUGGACCACGAUCAUAACGAGACAAAUCCCUUUUGGCGUUGCUCCCGUCAGCGGAUGGCUUAAUUUCCAUUGGGACAGGAACAAGGUUGUAAUUCCUGGGCUUACUUCCACUUAAUUUUGGGCUUGAGAAUUACAGAUAUCCGAUCUGAGGUCAGAGCAGAACAAACGCAUACAUCAGCCAACACCAGAAUGAUUUGAUUUUGUUAAUGGUUGAGAAUCGUCUAAUUAUUCAAAAGCUUUCGGUUAAUGAGAGAUGUUCCAUACAAUAGCCUGUACUUUAUUCCUCAGAGGUUACUUCCAAUUUUUUUGUGCCAAAUCUACUAAAAACUGCCAUUAUGUAAUAUCCUGAGUAAGAUUCUCCUUCUUUGUUUGAGCAAACACACAGAAACAGUGGGAAACAGUAUGUGGUAAAAGGCAGCACAACUGUCAGUCAGGAAUGUGUCAGUGUACCUGACACAUGAAAACACACCUCACUGUUUGUUGCAGCUCAUGAUGGGUUUUUAUAUAUUUGCCAAGAGGUUAGAGAGGUCUUAAUUUGUAGUGAGCUGUUCCAGGCGAGAAUAACACCAGUCCCCGUGUCUGAAAUCAUCUGCCAACGCUCUACUGGAACAGGCUAGUUGUUGUUGUUGAGUUGCCCAAGUCAGGCUUAUAGUAAGUGACAAGAGGCUCAACGUGCUGCAGUGCACUGGAAACAACCUGCAGAGCUCGUCCAACUAACGGCACAGUGUUUACACGUGGUGCAGAAUUGUGAGAGUCUGUCAAGUCGCUUUAGCCAGGAUGUGCUCGUUCAGUUUCAGUCUGACAUCAGGUGAAAGGUACUGAUUGCUGAUAUUUUGUGUUGAUAUUCAGUAUCUUUAGAUCUUUCAUUUCCCGUUAGCGCUGACACCAUGUUGGAGUACUGAAUCAAUGACAGACAGGCCAAUGAAGUUAUUUGAUGUCAACAGUUAGGUCACAGAAGCUGCAGGAAGUUGUGGCAAAGCUUUUUUUUUUUUUUAGUAUUUUAGUCAUCUGUAUCCUUAGAUUCAGACUCGCCAAAAGAUCAGCGUAUUUCUUAGAGUUGUCUGAGCCCCGGUCACAAUCACAAGAAUGAUUUGUAGACAUUUAAUAGACAGGAGCUGAUCAUAGAGACACAUCUUUUAAAUGACCUGUGUGAACUUGUAGUCGCCUUAGGUCCCCUUCAGUAACUCUUUAUCAAUUACUGAAGGGGGAUAAAGGUCAAGGAAACGGGGAGUAAAAGGCAGGUCAAAUAGAUUCUGUAGAGUGGAGCAAUUUAUUUUUCUCUUGUCACAUAAAAAUGAUAGAAUAACUAAUAAUAAUCUGUCUGGUCAUGGAGAACCUGACCUUUUGAUGAAUAAACGACUGGACGAUGUUUAAUCAAUGGGCGAAAUUUUAGCCACACAUCGGUUUAACCCUAAUGCAUACACACACACACACACACACACACACACACACACACACACACACACAAGCUAUCUGCCACCAGACUUUGAGACCCAGCUGACCUGAGCUGACUCUUUCUUUGAGGGCUGACAGGCGCGGGAGGGGGCGGGGAGGAGAAUGCAAAAGGAAGUCGUGAGCCAUUUUGACAGACUGUACCGAGUACAGACGUUGGCCCAGUGGUGAGGCCCAGUGUCUUCGGAGAAACUUGCAUGUGAUGCUUGACUUAUCCAGCGCUUGUCGGACUUCUGUGCUGUUUCGAAGGGGGCCAGCAGAAUGCAUGUGCAGGGCACAUAGUGUGAAUGUGCAAAACUUGAUUACUUUAUCUGUUCAAUUAUUUUUAUUUUAUUUUUUUUUGGUCUGACUGAUUUUAUUUUUUAAAUGUGUCGAUUAAAAUUGCGAUUUUCUUUUUUCUAUUCCUUUCCUCCUUUCCCUAAUCUUUUUAACUCUUCACGAUUAUUGUUUUGUGUCAUGGAUUUUUCAUCAAACAAACAAACCACUGUAAAGAUGAGGCAACUUCUCGACGCUGGUCAAAUGCACAAAUGUACUGUAAUCUGCAAAACGGACACCAGAGGGCACCGCAGGGAUUCCCGUACAACUGUACAACUUCUCAGUGCAUCUCUGUGUUCUCUGGAUUCAAACCCACGCAUGUCCACCUUCAGUGACAUUUAUUAUGUCUCCUUUUCUAAAGCGUUUGACUCGUUGUAAAAGUUGCAUCCUUCCAUCUGUUCACCUUCAGUCUGUAUCGUCCACUCUCUUACUGAGCAGGUGCCAGCGUUCUGCCUCUGUGUCAAUGGAAAGUUGUGAAUACUUCUAUAAGGGGGCAAGUAAUGCUUUGUCUAUUUAUUUUUAGAAGCACACAAAGCAAAUUGUACAUACUAUAUUUAUUCUAUAUAUAAGGUUGUUUAUUUUGUCAUUUCAUUUUGGCUCCGUUUCGUUGUCACCAUGUUGAUGUCAUUUUUUUUUCUUCUCUUUUAUGUGUUUUUUUUUCUUUGCAAAAGGCCAGUAGAGCUUUUUGGUGCAUGCCGCAAUAGAAAGGCGGUGAGGCUAAUGAAUAGCACAGUGCCUAAUACCAGUCUUUACACACGUCACACAUAUGCGCACACACCCUGUGUCAAACAGGGAAAAAAACAUACUUAUAAGACAUAGAAUGGCCUUAACCUACCAGAGCCAAGCUCAACUCAGAGUAACCAAUCAGGAGCUAGGUUCGCCACAGAGUAGCGUCUCUUUAAUUAGCUUUGAUUAAUAAAAGAUGUACAGUAAGUUGAUUUAUGAUGAUGUGUAAUGCAAUAAUGACUUUAUAUGAUGCAGCGGUGGAGAGGAGGGCUGGUAGCGUCAGUUACAAACUUGAAUCUGCAAAAAAACAAAAAAAAAAACAACAUUUGGACUUGGAGGCUGAAAAAAACACGAGGCUGGUCACACAGGGCAUCUGAAAAGUCUGGAGUCAAGUUAAGCACCAACAGAAGUAAGAUUUGAACCCACAGACACCAGAAAACCAGAAUACUUCUCCUUAUGAAUCCAGAUGUUUCUCCCUGUGUCUGCCUUUAAAAUCCUCCACCCACCUACUGCCUUGUUAACCUCAGUGCUUCAAACCCCUCUCGAGCCCCUGAACUCACAGGGAACCACACUGAUCCUCAGGCUGCCAGCAUUCACAUCCACAUCGAGACUUUGAUUCAAACUUUCAUCUGUCCCAGUCGGCUCUGCUGCCUCUGAGAAACUGACACUGGGGCUGAGAUCUUUGCGUUCUCUGUGUGUUCUUCUUGUAAAAGCCCUCCCUCUGUGAGGCUGGAGGAAGGCUUUCUCCCUGCAGGACUUUGUAAAUUGCUGGAAAUAAAGGACUAUAUUAUUUCAUACCA